AGUGCCUACAGACUGCAAUGGUGUGGUUGUUUGUUGGUGCUAUAUUUACACUUUCAAUAGGCGUGUUGACAUCAUGUCCUCUUUACUGGACACCUUAUGAGGAAUAUUGUUAUGUCAUACCACAGGUGGCGCAGUCGUGGGAGUCGGCAACGGCGUUCUGUAUGAUUCAUGGUGCCUAUUUGGCAGAGAUAUCGACUCCGGAAGAAAACGACUUUUUAGCACAGCUCGUGAAACAAAAUCAUCCACCAGAAGCUCAAAUAUGGAUAGGUGGAACUGAUGCCCUGAGUGAAGGUCACUGGAUCUGGAGUCGCAGUGAGGAAACGUUCCAGUACCAACACUGGGACAGCGGGGAGCCGUCCAAUUCUGGGGGUGGUGAGCACUGCGCCACUGUUCGCACCAGUGGGAAGUGGAACGACAGUCCCUGCAGUGAAAAGCUGCAUGGAAUAUGUGUGAAGAGACAAAGGACAGAACCUGGUGUUGGCAGGUAGAAGAUACUUCCUUGUUUUGUGAAAACAGUUUGAAAUAAUAAAAAUAAACCAAAUAAACUA